AUGUUGUUGUUGAUAGUACAUAAAGCAUUUUCUCUUAUUAAUAACCUCGGUAUUUGUAAAAAUAUGUCUCUCAGUCCAAGCUCAAGUAUAGUAAACCGCACAAUAGAUCUCAAAUAUGCGAACAAGAAGCGGUCCAACUCGCUCAAAUGGCUCGUAGUGAACGUCGUAUUGUUAACGCUGUUCGUGUAUGACUUGUCGCACAUGUGCGCGGGAUACACUACGGCGCUGCACUGGGUGGAGCUGUGCUGCGCCGCCGUGCUCGGCGCGAACGUGCUGCAGCACGCGGUGCGCGUGGUGCGCUGCCGGCGCGCGCCGCUCGCGCUGUCGCCGCGCCAGCAGCGCCUGCUGGGCGUGAGCGGCGCGCCCGCCCGGCCCCUCGCGCCGGCGCGCGCGUGCUCCACGCCCGCCGCGCCCGCGCCGCUGUCGCCGGCGCGCACGUGGCGCGUGGCGGACUCGUCGCCGCCGCCGUCUCCUCCGUCACCCGCGUCGCCCUCGUCGCGGCGCGAGGAGCGACCGGCCGCCGCCGACGAGUUCAUAGCCGACAGUCGUUCGCUGGCCAACUACCUGAGGCAGUACGGGGAGCGCGCGCGCGUGGAGGGCUCGGGCGGCGGCGCGGAGCUGUGGUCGCCGCUGAUGCCGGCCGCGCCGCAGCCGCACCACUACCAGCUCGCCUCGCUCGACUCCGAGAUCUCCGCUCUGGAGGAGGGUGCGGGCGCGGGGGCGGGGGCGGGGGCGCCGGCCGCCUGGCGCCGCCUGCUGCUGGAGCCGACGCGCGUCACCGAGUGGAACCAGAACCUGCGUCUGUGGCUGCACUGCACCAUCCUGCAGCGCCUGGUGCGGGAGAUGGCGCGCGUGGACGAGGCGCUGAGCGCGCUGGGGCUGGGCGAGGCGCGCCUGGGCCACGUGGGCGUGGAGCGCCUCCAGAAGCUACCGGCGGCGGCCGCGCUGCCCUCGCUGGGCGCCCUGCUGCCGUACCUGGAGCCUUUCGCCGACCAGCGCUACGCCGUGCAGCGCAUCCGCGAGCUCGCGCACGGCGGCUGCCUCAGCGGCUAUCGCUGGAGCGGCGGCGGCUCCGACUGGGACGAGAGCAAGCCCGCGGACGCCGAGCUGCUGCUGCGGCUGCUGGCCGCCUACCUGGACGGGCAGCUGCCGCCGGCGCCGGCCGCGCGGCCCUUCAGCUCGGUGCACCUGUCCGAGGCGCCGGGCGCACCUCCGCGCGGGCCGCACGCGCUCGCCAUCCACCGCGCCGCUGCGCGUCCGCCGCACUACGUGCUGGCGCUCGGCGACGAGACCGUGGAGGUGGCGCGCGGCCGCAACAACCUGCUGCACACGAUCCUGCUGUUCAUCGCGGCGGCGGCGCGCAGCGAGCCCCCCACGCUGCAGCGCCUGCACCUCGGCCCCGCCGGCCUCAACAUGCUCUGGAUCAUCGGCCGGUGA